GUGUAGAGUAGCAUAACUAUCCCCUACCCCCCUCUUUUCUCGUUUCUACUCCUUGAGUUGAAAAGGCACUUUGGUCACUUCACGCGCUCAGGUGUCCGGUGGGGGCGGUCUUUUCGCGGCAUACAUAUGUCAUGUAAAGCCCACGAGGCGCCACGAAGCUCUGGGAUUGUGAAGGACUCACCCUUCAGGGAUUCCUGCUUCUCCUUCCAUUCACUCAAUUGGACGUUGUCUGCGCCUCUUCGGGAGUGCGUCAAUAUUCUCAGCCAGCUAAAUACCGCUGACUCACUCCCCCAUGAGGCCUGCAUGGUCGCGUGCCCGGAGAAAUUGUCCUACCUCGUACGAGGGUCUUCCCAGCUGAUCCAUGCCGCAAUGUACAUCCACGAAAUCUCUCCCGCGAAGGCUGUCUGCGUGCCCUCCUACAUGCGUAGUCUCGGUGCCUGAUCGAGAUGAGUCCUGCCUGUCAAGGAACCAAGUCCCAACAGUGCCUCCUUAACAUACGAGUCGACUUGAAGAUUCACGCGCACAGAGCAAUUAAGGGGCCGACGAGCGAGAGCAUCGAGGCGAGCAAAAGUUGCUCAAGCGAGCCCCGGCAUUUUCAUAUUCUGUCCGAUCAAAAUGUCAACGUCCGAGCCUCUAUAUUGUACCCGGGACUUCAUGUUGAGGCUUGAGGGGCUUCCCAUCGACACUCCAUAUGGGCGGUUAUAACAGGAUGAAUCACGCACCAAGACGCUGAAAUCCCAGUUCUCAAGGCGUGCUGAUUCCAGCACCUUUGUACCGGAGCCCCAAAUAUCUUGAUCUUGGAAUUGCCUUGAUGGCAAAUCAUUCGAAUGUGAGGGAAGUCGGUGAUGGUUCCUGACGAAUUGUCUGAAAAGAAUGGAGUCGCUUCUCACGAAACGAUGAUCUUAUGAGUGAGCAGAAUACGCCCAUCUCAAGUCUUCCUCCUUCACGACAUCUUUGGGGGAGCGGCCGGAACAUCAGCUUCUUGUUGAUUCAGAAAUAUUGGUUUCAUAUCACCAGUCAUGGCCUGAGACUCACAAGGUACGGCUCCAGCACGGACCUGAUGAUGCCCUCGCGAGAAGAGCUCGGCCUCAAACUUCCGAAAGAGUACCGCAAAGAAUUAAUUAAAAUGCCCUUUGAACCUUUGCCAAAUUGGGAGACUGUGCCUACUUUUCGGCUCACACCAAUCAUUUGACAAAAGGAUCCCUUCUUCUCGCUUCCUCCUCCCUUCGCGAUCUCAUGGACCGGGCCAACUCAAUGUCUUGGAACCGAUUUUCGUUGAGCCGUUCUUACUGUAGGUCUCGUCUAUGAUCGAAGCCAAAAUCAAAGGAAUUCUCGUAUCUGAACUUGAUACGGCAGAUUUGGGGGUGCUCAUGGUCGAUUUGUCCUGAGGGUGCUAGUAAAGUGUGUCCAGU